GCCCGUGAGGCUUCUGGGGGGCUUUGAGAGCCGCUGGAUGCCUGCGACUAGUCUUGCUUCCAGGAGAGGCAGCGAGGAGGAACGGCACAGAUUUAUUCCUUUAGCCAGAGCCUGAGCUCCCCUGCCGUUGUUUGUGCAACGUAUCGCAGAGUGCCCAGCCCUCCUUGGCUCGGCGGCGCCGGCUGGAGUACCUGCCGGUCUCCGAACGUCACCAGGCUCCCUUAUAAAGCACAGGAGAGAGAGAGCAUCUCUCUGUCUCCAUCUCUUCGAGAGGCACAUCUUCAAGAAGUGAGCCGUGGAAAGAUGUUUUAUUCGGGUGUCCUGACAGAGCCGAGUAGAAAGGAAGUGGAGAUCAGGGAAGCGGCAUCUCUCCGCCAGCAGAGGAGGAUGAAGCAGGCGGUUCAGUUUAUUCACAAGGAUUCUGCAGAUCUCCUCCCUCUGGAUGGACUGAAGAAGCUGGGGACUUCAAAAGAUACCCAACCCCAUAAUAUCCUGCAGAAGCGCCUGAUGGAGACAAAUUUGUCAAAAUUCCGAAGCAGUCGAGGAAGCUGGACUCCCAAGAGCGAUACCUCAGCACAGACCAACAAGCUCAGUGAAACCAAACUGGGCAGCUCAGGGAAAAUGGAGGAUGAGGAGGAGCUCAUUGUGGUGAGCUGCCAGUGUGCGGGGAAGGAGCUGAAGGCUGUGGUGGACACUGGCUCACAGCACAACUUCAUGUCAUCUGCCUGUCUGGACAAGCUAGGGUUAAAGGAGCAUCUUGGAGCACUCCCUGGUGAAGAUGAGAUGGUUUCGUUGCCCUGCAAGGUGAAGGUGAUUGGCCAGAUCGAGUGUCUCGCCCUCAUGGUGGGAGCAGUGCCCGUGGAGUGUGCUGUCCUUGUUGUGGACAGUGAAAAACCCUUCUCCCUUGGGCUGCAGACACUGAAAGCUCUGAAGUGUAUCAUAAACAUGGAGAAGGACCACCUUGUUCUGGGGAAGAUGGAGAGGGAAGAAAUCCCAUUUGUGGGUGGUGGCAGCACCGCGGUGGAAGAGCAGUAAGUUGUCUGGGGAGGUGAGCUGUGUCUGC